AUGAAUAGUAAUCAUAAUGAAUAACUUUGUUAAUUUGAGCAAUAAAAAUCAAGAUAUUAACAUUUAUAUUUGGAAGUUUAUAAGAGUAGAAUAUUUUAAAUUCAUGGGCCAAAAUUAUAAUAAAGUGAUACUUUAAAAUGUGAAUAAAACAAAGGGGAAUAAUAAAGUAGUUUAGAUGAUCCAGUGUAUUUAGAUAUUCAUGAUGAAUAAGAAGAAGAGAUAAAAUUUGAAUUUUUUAAAAAAAGAUAAGAAUAACGUGAAGAGAAGAAGCAAGCAUCUAAAAAAUUGUUAAAGACAUAUAAUAUAAUAAAAAGAUUUGGAAUAAGAAGGAUUAGACGUAAUGAUUCAUAAAAUGAUGUUGAAUCAUUAGAAAUAAAUGGUGAUCUAUAAUUAAUGUCAAAAGUGUAUAAGGAAUGUUAGAUUUGUCUAUCAUUUAGAAGAAUGCAUUAAAUUUUAUAAUGUCAGCAUGAAUUUUGUAAGAGUUGUAUAGGAGCUCAUUUAAAAGAGAAUAUAAUAAGAGGAAAUGUGAUGAUAAUAUAGUGUCCUUAAUAACAAUGUCGUGAAGAAUAUUAGAAAGGUUAGAUAAAAGAAUUAGUAUCUAUAAAUGUAUAUGAGAAAUAUGAGAGAUUCUAUAGUCGUCAAUUAAUAAGUUAGAAUAAAAAUGUAAGAUGGUGUCCUAGAGUGGUAUAUAUAUUAAAAUAUUGAAAUAAGGAUUGUGAAAAGUAUGUGAUAGGUAAAGGUAAUAAUAAAUUGGUAUGUUUUUGUGGUCAGUAAAUAUGUUUCAAAUGUGGUAAUGAAUACCAUUAAGAGAUAUCUUGUGAAUAAGCAAUGGACAUACAAUAUAUUUAAGUAAGAAAAGAAUUACAAGUUAAUAAUUGUCCUAAUUGUUAAGCUCCAAUAGAGAAGAGAGGAGGUUGUAAUCAUAUGACAUGUUAUAAAUGUAAAUAUGAAUUUUGUUGGAUAUGCCAUGGUAAAUAUUCAUCUGCCCAUUAUGGUAUAUUCAACAUCUUUGGAUGUGCUAGUACAUUUAUGAUAUUUAUUAUUAUUAGUUCCAGGAGGAUAAGUAACAAACAUUAAACCAUUAAAUAAUCCUAUGUUAAUUAGGAUCAUUAUGAUUAUUCCAAAACUAAUCCUUACAUUAAUCUUAUCAAGUGGGUUACUAAUUUUACUUCCCUUUUUUAUAUUAUACCUCAUCUUAUCUAGUC